UCCUCAGUUAGCAUUUAUUAAACAGUUAGAAUUCGGUGAAAGAAAAGAUCAAAGAUAACGAAAAAAGGCGGCUUAAACUUAAACGAAAUGCCAAGUGAAAUUAUUACCCUUCAGUUGGGCCAAUGCGGCAAUCAAAUUGGCUUUGAGUUCUGGAAGAGAUUGUGCCUGGAGCACGGGAUCUCACCAGAUGGCGUCCUCGAAGAUUUUGCAACCGAUGGACAGGAUCGAAAGGAUGUGUUCUUCUAUCAGGCGGACGACAAUCACUAUAUACCGAGGGCCGUGCUUAUUGACUUGGAGCCGCGAGUCAUCAACAAUAUCAUGACCUCUCCGUACUCCAAGCUGUACAACCAGGAAAAUGUGUAUCUUUCAAAACACGGUGGCGGUGCAGGCAAUAACUGGGCCUCUGGUUUCAGCCAGGGCGAGAAGGUUCAGGAGGAGGUCUUCGACAUACUGGACCGCGAGGCAGAUGGCAGCGACUCGCUGGAGGGAUUUGUUUUGUGCCACUCGAUUGCAGGCGGAACAGGCUCCGGAAUGGGAUCGUAUGUUCUGGAACGGCUUUCCGAUCGAUUUCCCAAGAAGCUUAUCCAGACGUACAGCGUGUUUCCCAAUCAAGACGAGAUCAGCGACGUCGUUGUCCAGCCAUAUAACUCGAUCCUUACCCUAAAGCGACUAACCAAGUGCGCUGAUAGCGUGGUUGUGCUGGAUAAUACCGCCUUGAACCGCAUCGCCACCGAGAGGCUGCACAUCCAGACGCCCACUUUCACACAGAUCAAUAAUCUGGUGUCCACCAUUAUGAGCUUGAGCACUACCACGCUGAGAUAUCCCUCUUAUAUGAACAACAACCUGAUCGGACUAACGGCUUCACUUAUUCCAACGCCCCAGCUGCACUUUCUGAUGACUGGAUAUACUCCACUGAUCACUGAUUAUGAGACCAAAACAAACGUUCGAAAGACCACUGUGCUGGAUGUGAUGCGUCGCCUUUUGCAGCCCAAGAACAUGAUGGUCUCCGCCACGAGUGACAAACAGAACCGCCACUGUUUCGUCUCCAUACUGAACAUCAUCCAGGGAGAGGUGGAUCCUUCGCAGGUGCACAAGUCGCUGCAGCGCAUACGAGAGCGAAAGCUGGCCAACUUUAUCCCCUGGGGUCCGGCCAGCAUCCAGGUGGCUCUGCCGCGUAGUUCACCGUAUGUGCAAUCGGCCCAUAAGGUCUCCGGACUGAUGAUGGCCAAUCACACGGGAAUCAGUGCUCUCUUCAAGAGAGCCCUAGCCCAGUAUGAUAAGCUGAGGAAACGCAACGCCUUUCUGGACAAUUUCCGGCGCGAGUCCAUGUUUAAGGAGGACCUGACCGAAUUGGACUUCGCACGGGACACGGUCGACUGCCUGGUGCAGGAAUACGAGGCGGCCACCCAGAUCGACUAUCCCCAGUGGAGUCCGCGCAUCGAAGCUUCCAAAGCCGGUUAACUUUCUACGUAUUUCAACAUUUUUCUGUUUA